AUGCUGUGCGGUCUGCAGCGAUACAUCAAAUACUUUGCCAUAUUGGGCCUGGUGCCCUGGUCGGAGAAAGGAGCACAGCAGCAGGUGCAAAAGAUCUACACGAUGGCCAUCAUACUGCUAAACAACUGCAUGACCUUCUAUGUAAUUGUUUAUGCGCCACCCGAUGUGAAAAUACUGGUAUCGAUGCUGGUGAGCAUCAUUGUGUUUAUCACACAGACUGUGACCAUGACAGUUAUCGAACUGCAAGUAAUGUGCCAGUAUAAAAGAUACUACGAGUUCUGUCUGCACCUGAAGUGCUUGAAACUGCGCUUCCAAUGCGAACUGCAGCAGCCAAUUGUGGAUUUACCCUGGACCAGAUAUAUCAAGUUCUUUCUGCUGGGCAUUUUAAAUGUGCUCACUUUAGUUCCGAGUGUCCUUGUGGUGCUAUAUAAUGAUUAUGUCGGCCACUUUUUGUACUCGGUACCCUCCCUUAUAAUAAUUCGUUUCCAGUGCCUGCUCCUGGUGAUCUAUGCCGAACUCUUAGGCUAUCAUGUGGAGCUACUGGGUGAGCGUCUCCAGGCUGUCCACAAAAGUCGCCAGCUGGGCACCGAUUCAUUAUGCUCCCUGGAACAUCUGCUCAGUUUGAAGCGGGUGUAUAUGGAACUAUAUCAUUUAUUUGUACAAUAUAAUGAUUUGUAUGGUUGGUCGAUUGUGUGCAUCUUUGUCGUCAUGUUCCUGGACAGCAUGAUUAACAUCUACUGGGCAAUGCAAAUUCUCAACGAGGUCUAUGAAUGGCCAUUCCUCUACCUGACCUGCUCAUCGUUUUUGCCGCUGCUCAUCCUACUUUUUACGUUCUGCCGAUGUGGCGAAUACUGCAAGCGACAGCACAUUCUAAUUGGCAGCCACGUGCGAGGCUUGGCAUGUGCCUCCCAGCGCCAAGCUGCAUCGCCCCCGCUGGCCUAUAAUGCAGUCUUAGCUGAAUUUGCCAUGCAGGUGGAACAGGACGCAUUGAUCAUCAGCGCCGAGGGUUUUAUGGAUAUCGAUUACAGUUUGCUAAUGUCGAUUUUUACGGCAAUGGUUACCUACUUGAUCAUUCUCACGCAGUUUGGUUCAUUGUCUGCCUAG